AUGAAUAUUUAUUCCUCAAGCCAAUAAGAUUAAAUCGCAUCACCUGAUAAUUUGAGUUAAAUUAGUUGGAAUAAAGCACAUUAAAGCAGUGAAUAAAUUUUAGAAAGGUUUAUCAUUUAAUUAUAUAAAACUAAGGUCUAAAAAAAUACAGAAAAGAUAACCUUAAGAUUUUUAAUAGAAAUGGUUUUCAAUUUAGAAAAUAUCAAGUUGUAAAUUAGAUAUUUCUGAAUAAAACGAUAUUGAUUUAAGAAAUUAGAAAAUUUAUGAUUUUGAUUAUCUAAAAUUAGAUAAAGAUCUAUUUUCCAAAAAAUGUCCUAUUAUUGUAAAUAAUCUUAUAUAUAAGGAGAUUGAAGAUAAAAGAUCUAAAAUAAAAUACUAAAUUAAACCAAUUUCAAUUAAAUCAGACAUUAUAGAUGUAAAUAUUUAGGCUAGGAAUAUUUUUAGAAAUUAUUUUCAUUAAAUAAUAAAUUUAUAAUUACCCCUGAAAACAUUUUCACUUAUACAACAUAGACUCAAAAAAUUGAUGAUUUAGCUAAAGAAAUAAGUAUAAAUUUAUAUUUAAUAUAGAAAUUGUCCAUAUUACCUUCUAGUUAUUAUUGUAUUAAUAUUGUUGUAAAACAAUUCUCCAUUUCUUAGAUGAAUUGA